UCCUGUUGAAAGAUAGGGGUGCUCCUUGGAACUCGAACACAGGGAGGAGCUGAGGAUUCCUCGGCUAGUCCAUCAACCAUGAUAUUGCUCGUCAUUGGACUUCUCUUAGCUUUUAACUUGCAGCAAUCAGAGGCUCAAGUUGGAGUUUGUUACAAAACACCAGGAAAGAAUGAAACACCCCCAGAAGAAGCUAUAGCUCUUCUGGAAAGACAUAACAUAAAACGAAUUCGACUGUAUGAACCAAAUAAGGAGACCUUAACAGCCCUGAAGAGUACAGAUAUUAAAGUUUUGCUUGGUGUGCCAAACUCAGUACUCUUACCCCUUGCCAAUGAUCCUGCUGUAGCUGAAUCGUGGGUGCAAACUAAUGUCAAGGCCUACUCUCCUGCUGUUAAAUUCAAGUACCUCGUUGUUGGUAAUGAGAUAAGCACUAACAAUAUGAAUAACCCUUUGUCUUUCGUCCUCCUAAACGCCAUGCAAAACAUCCAAAAUGCACUGGCUAAGCAGGGAUUAAGGUAUAUCAAGGUAACGACCGCCUUUGAUACUUUAGUCCUUAAAAAUCCAUUUACUGAUCGUCCAUCAAACGUCUCCUUCGUGGCCGAGGCUCUCUUGUUCCUGGAUCCCAUCCUGAAAUUUCUGUUGGAAAAUCAUGCUCCUGUUAUGGUCAAUAUAUACCCUUACUAUGCCCAUAUUCUUAAUCCAACGGGGUCAACACUUGACUAUGCCCUUUUCAAUGCCCCUGGUGGAAACUUGUUCGUGGACUUGGUGGAUUCCAUGUACUCAGCCUUAAAGAAGAUGGGUUAUGACUCAAUUAACGUCGUUGUGGGAGAGACUGGCUGGCCCUCAGCUGGUGGUGUUGCUGCGAGUGUUGAGAAUCAGAAGACGUACAUCAGUAAGCUGUGUAAGCAAAUAAAGAAAGGUACACUGAUGAAGCCUAAAAAGCAUAUUGAGACUUACUUGUAUUCUGUAUUUGAUGAGGAUAUUCAGGGAGUUCCUGAAGUUGAGAAACAUUGGGGCUUAUUUACUCCUAACAAAGAAUUUAAGUUCGAGUUUUCUGGACCAUUGAAAUAGCUUAGUUAAGGUUUCCAUUCCAUGGUUGUACAUGUUAAUAAAUUAUGUGCUUACAUAGUUUGCUGUUUAAUUGAUUUUAUUUACAGAGUAUGUACUGAUCUGUUUAUUUUGUAUCCCCAUUGGAAUAGAUAUGAAGUACAAAUUUAUACCAUUAGGUGUGAAUCACGUUGUUUAAAUCAAUUUCAGGUCAAGCUAAAAGUAAUAAGGUGAAGAGAACAAAGCCUAAUAUUGGGUCACAUAACUCACAUUAACUUUUGGGCCGGACAGGUUCAGGUCAACUUUCAAACCAUGUAAUUUUGGACACAAUUAGUAAUUUAGAUUGAGCAAUCAAACGAGUCAAUUUUGUCAAGUCUAU